GUCGUGAGAAUAUUUAAAAACAAAUGGGUUUGUCGCCGACUGAUGGGUAAACUGGAAUAGCGCCAGGUUGAAAAACAACAACAGGGAAAUUCCCCCAAUGAGAAUUGACAUUCACUUUCAAUCCACUGCCGAUAGGUCAUCGUAGACGAUAGUCUAGCCGAAUUUAGUUUGUCUUCCCUUUACAAUGUAAAAAUAAUCUUCCGUCCGCCAGUGCAGGAUAGAAACGGACAAGGACACGUUUUGGAGCCUACUAAAAAGAAAUAAUUUCCAUUAGUGAACGUUGGCCACACAAAAAGAUGUCAUUCAAAACACGUAUACCUUCUUUCACGAUGUUAUUUCGAGUACUUAAUCAAACGAAUAACCAGUAACCUUGCGUGAAAUAACAGGAAAUACACCUGCAAUUUGCCUUGAACUGUUUGGUCGUUUGUCUUUUAUGGGCGACAAUAUUUGUCCGCUUCCUUUAAUUUCGUCCCCAAACAGUUGUGCUACAAACGCAAUGAACUGGAACCAUAAAAACAAACAACAGGCUUUAAAAAAAACCCCACAACCUUGAAUGGAAGAAAAUCGUAGACAUAUAAUGGGUGGCAUGCGUGGUUUUGAUGUCCAGAGUUUGAAAGGAACUUCCGAAAACGACAGUUCGAAUUUUUAUGUUUGCGAUGCGGUCACUACUUGUGUUGAUGGCGAUAUGUUGUUUCUUCGGGACUGCGGUGAGCGAUGAUUUUCUGAAAAUAGAACUGAAUGGCCAACUGGAACGGCUCUACGGCAACAAUUCGGACGACAUUUCCUUGGAAACGGACCAAAAGGAACAACAAAAUUGGGAUAUUGGCCAGCCGUCAAACCAUGACGAAUCGAACGACAUCCCGUCCGGUCUGUCGGAGCGAUCCUAUCAAAAGUACAACAGAUUGCUGCACAAAUUGAAAUUCGGAAAAAUUAUCGGCGACGAGCAAGUAGCGCCAACUGAAAUCGGUGACGUUCCAACCAACGAAAAAAUGAGCGAUCCAGUCCAAACAACUUCAACGACACUCGCAAUCAAUCAGCCAUCACGCCGGGAGAAAAUUGACGAAAUGACGGACGUCGAUGAAGAUUACGGCAUCAUUAUCAUGGAUGAAUCGCAACAAUUGCAGCCUAUUCUAGCGCCUUCCGGACUGGGAUUCUUUCACGGUUUAAUUAAUUUCGUCAGAUGGUUAAUCACUUCUUCAGCUGUUGUCGACCUCGAAGAUUACGAAGACGAGUGAACUAACAAUACAAAAACGUUUUUCCCACAAAUAUCUCCAGCUGGUGAAAUUUUGGUUCAUUGUUAGGCCUCUGUUUUAAGUUUUAGAAUAAUUUAUAAAAUUGAUGAUAUUCAUAUUUAUAUAUGUCAUUAUAGCGCUAGUGUUGUAAGUAAUCGGUCUGACUUUAACCAGGCUCCUCUCCCACUCAAUUCAAGAUCUUUCCAUCCGACAAAAAGUAGAAAUAGGACUACGAACAUUACUUCGUACCAGGGGCGCAUGAUACACUUCUGAUAUUUUCAUUAAAUGUAAACUGAUUAAGUAGGGGAAAUAUCUCCACUCUGAGUGACUAAUGUGCAAUCUUUGUAACAAGUAAAUUACAUCCCCUGUAUAUUUAAAUAUCGAAUAAUGAUAGUUGUAUCGAUGCAGCGCCCUGUAAUUAAUGUUGUUCACUUUCAAAAAUGGAAUUAUUUUCGUUCCUGUUAUUAACGCUAGCGAAAUAGACUGACAACCCCUAUAAUAUAAAUAACACCCCUAAAGCUACCAUGGACUACCUUCGUUCGACUGAAAAGCCUCCAAUUGUCUAACGAUGCGUCGUUCAAAUCGGAAAACUUUCAUCCAUCUGCUGUUUCUCCUAAUAAU